GUUAUACAAAUGCAAAGAGUAAGUUUUUGAAAAUCAGAAAUAAUUUAAAAAGUAAGUUAUACAAUUAUACACUCAAUUUCGAAAAAAAUAAUUAUGUUGGUGAACCUUUUGGAAUUGGCUUUGGUACGCUGUGGGGAUGAUAUCAACUUCACUUUGGCUUCUCAGUAGCUCUUGAGUCUUGACCCUACUAGGCAAAAAUCAGGCUUUCAGCCUCAGGAUGCCAGCUAUUCUUGCAGUAAAAAUCAAUUACUUUUGCAGAAACAAACGACUCCUCCCAACUUCUGCUCUCCCAAUUUUGGCAGUGGGGUUUCUGUGGUGAAAGUAAUCAUUUUUCUGUUGAGUUUUUUUUGUUUUGUUUUUGUGGGUUCACGUGAAAUCCCAACUUCAAUUUUGUCGAAUUGGGCGGUUUGAUCUCUGGGUUUUCUUCUCUGCAAGCUGAGAAGCAUUGGGAUUGAAGGGUAUUCCGUGCAAGCUCUUGUUUUCUUUUUUCAUUUCUUGAGAGGAGAUGUCUUCUUCUAUGGAGAUUGAUGAAGAGGAGAAUGAAACUAAGGGUGGGAUGUGGGUUUUGGACCAGAAGCUUGACCAACCCAUGGAUGAGGAGGCUGGAAGACUGAGAAACAUGUACAGAGAAAAGAAAUUUUCAACAGUGUUGCUAUUGCGGCUUGCAUUUCAGAGCUUGGGAGUAGUUUAUGGAGACCUUGGUACGUCUCCCUUGUACGUGUUCUACAAUACAUUCCCCCACGGGAUUCGAGACACUGAAGAUGUAAUCGGCGCACUUUCGUUGAUUAUAUACUCACUCACUCUUGUAGCGCUGCUCAAGUAUGUGUUCAUAGUAUGUAGGGCAAAUGACAAUGGCCAAGGCGGAACCUUUGCUCUCUAUUCGCUACUCUGUAGACAUGCGAAGAUUAAAACAAUUCCAAACCAACAUAGGACGGACGAGGACCUAACAACCUAUAGUCGUCGCACGUUUCCGGAGCAUUCAUUUGCUGCAAAAACGAAGAGAUGGCUGGAGGCGUACACGGUCACAAAGGAUGCACUUCUCAUUCUUGUCCUUAUUGGCACUUGUAUGGUAAUUGGGGAUGGAAUUCUUACUCCCGCCAUUUCAGUUCUUUCAGCUUCUGGUGGAAUCAAGGUUAACCGUCCGAAGAUGAGCAGUGAUGCAGUCGUGCUUGUUUCUGUCCUUAUAUUAGUUGGCUUGUUUAGCUUGCAACAUUACGGGACAGACAAGGUGGGAUGGAUGUUUGCUCCAGUUGUACUGCUCUGGUUUCUAACGAUAGGAGGAAUAGGCAUUUUCAAUGUCUGGAAAUAUGAUAUCUCAGUGCUCAAGGCCUUUUCCCCUCUGUAUAUAUAUCGUUAUUUGAGGACGGGGCGUAAAGAUGGUUGGAUAUCACUUGGAGGGGUCAUGCUCAGUAUUACAGGGACGGAGGCACUUUUUGCCGACCUUGCUCAUUUUCCCGUAUCUGCCAUUCAACUUGCUUUCACAGUUAUUGUAUUCCCUUGCCUUCUUUUGGCCUACAGCGGACAAGCAGCGUACCUCAUGCAACAUAAACAUCAUGUUGCUGAUGCAUUCUAUCGUUCUAUCCCAGAGAGCAUAUAUUGGCCAGUGUUUGUCAUAGCCACUUUAGCGGCCAUUGUUGCCAGUCAAGCCACCAUAUCUGCUACUUUUUCAAUUAUUAAGCAGGCUUUGGCUUUAGGCUGUUUUCCAAGGGUCAAGGUUGUUCACACGUCGAAAAAGUUCAGUGGGCAAAUAUAUAUCCCGGAUAUCAAUUGGAUCCUUAUGAUACUCUGCAUUGCCGUGACUGCUGGGUUUCGAAAUCAAAGCCAAAUUGGAAAUGCCUAUGGGACAGCAGUAGUGAUAGUGAUGCUGGUUACGACGUUUCUGAUGGUGUUGAUAAUGCUACUGGUCUGGCACUGCCACUGGCUUCUCGUCCUCGUCUUCACCUGCUUCUCUCUGGUGGUCGAAUGCACCUACUUCUCCGCUGUACUCUUCAAGGUCGACCAGGGCGGCUGGGUCCCACUUGUGAUCGCCGCCGCCUUCCUCGUCAUCAUGUACGUGUGGCACUACGGCACCGUGAAGCGCUACGAGUUCGAGAUGCACAGCAAGGUGUCAAUGGCCUGGAUUCUCGGGCUGGGCCCCAGUCUGGGCCUCGUCCGUGUCCCCGGGAUAGGCCUUGUCUACACCGAGCUAGCCAGCGGUGUCCCGCACAUUUUCUCACACUUCAUCACCAACCUACCCGCGAUUCACUCGGUGGUUGUGUUUGUUUGCGUCAAGUCCCUUCCGGUGUACAUGGUUCCGGAGGACGAGAGGUUCCUCGUGAAACGGAUUGGACCCAAGAGUUUUCACAUGUUCCGGUGUGUCGCGAGGUACGGAUACAAAGACCUUCACAAGAAGGACGACGAGUUUGAGAAGAAGCUUUUCGACAACCUUUUCGUGUUCGUCCGGCUCGAGUCCAUGAUGGAAGGGUGCUCCGACUCGGACGAGUACAGCCUGUACGGGAACCGUUCGAGAGAUUUCUCGACGGUGCCGAAGAAUGACAACAGCAGCAGCAACAACAACACGGAAGUCGCUACAGUGUCGGGUUCGUCCCGGAAGAGUUGUGCGACGGAGAUGGACGAGAUGGAGUUUUUGACGAGCUCUCGGGACGCCGGGGUGGUGCACAUAUUGGGGAACACCAUUGUGAGGGCCAGCAGAGAGUCCGGGUGGUGUAAGAAGAUGGCAAUCAAUUACGUGUAUGCGUUUCUCAGGAAGAUCUGUAGGGAGAAUAGUGUGAUUUUUAAUGUGCCUCAUGAGAGCCUUUUGAAUGUUGGCCAGAUUUUGUUUGUGUAAAUUCCAGUGUAAAACAAGUUUUGGACAGAUUCAUGACAGCGGUUUGAAUUUGAUAAUAAUUGGAAAAAUCGGAA